GCCACGGAGACCACUUAUACACACUUUCCCCUUCCCCUUUGGCAGGUCCGAAGUGGGAAGGGGGAGUGGGGAGGGGCAGCACCCACCCAUCCGGCCCAGGUGGUCGCGGGCCCAUGAACAGCGGGACCCAAGGGUCGCUGGCCGUGGGAAAAGUAAAAAUCUUCAGCCGGCACCGCGGAGAAGUCAACUCCUCUGCCUUUUCUCCCAAUGGCCAGACACUGCUCACAGCCUCGGAAGAUGGCUAUGUGUAUUGCUGGGACACCCACAGUGGGAAGCUGUUAUGGAGACUGGGUGGCCACACAGGUCCUGUGAAGUUCUGCCGCUUCUCUCCUGAUGGCCUUCUUGUUGCCAGCACCUCCAGUGACCAUACCAUCCGCCUGUGGGAUGUGGCAGAAGCCAAGUGUCUGCUGGUCCUAAAGGGUCACCAGCGGAGUGUGGAGACAGUCAGCUUUAGCCCUGACUCGAAGCAGCUGGCAUCAGGUGGUUGGGACAAGCAGGUGAAGCUCUGGGAGGUACAGUCUGGCCAGAUGCUGCACCACUUAGUAGGACACCGUGACUCAGUUCAGAGCAGCGACUUCGCACCCAGCUCUGAUUGCCUGGCCACUGGUUCUUGGGAUUCCACCAUUCGAAUAUGGGACUUGCGAGCAGUAGAAACAGUGAUCAUCCACCAGGAGCUUGAAGGUCACAGUGGCAACAUCAGCUGCCUGUGCUACUCAGUCUCUGGUCUCCUGGGUUCUGGCUCUUGGGACAAGACCAUCCACAUCUGGAAACCCUCAACCAGAAGCUCGCUUAACCAGCUCAAGGGCCACGCCACCUGGGUGAAGAGUAUAGCUUUCUCUCCUAAUGGGCUACAGCUGGCCAGCACCGGCUACUCAAACAUGGUCAAAGUCUGGGACUGCAAGACUGGAGUGUGCAUUGAAACACUGAAGGGAGUUCUGGAUGUGGCCCACACCUGUGCCUUCACCCCUGAUGGGAAGCUCUUAGUGUCUGGAGCUGUUGAUAGCUGACCAGGAGGGACACCAAGUCCACUGCACAAUCAAAUCAUUCAGAAUCUAACAUCACAAAUGGCUCCCAGGUUGCAUACCUCCCCCUUGCCCUUUCUCCUCCCCACCAGGGCCCAUGAAAUAAACUCGUGAAAAGGAGAAGGCA